UGUUACCUAGAGUAAGGGAAACAUGUUAACAUAGACAUUUUUAAUUGACCCACUCAGUAACGUGAAAUGACAGAAGCUAAGAAACAAAUUGAUUUAAUAACUGAAAAAUUAGAUCAAAAUUCAUCACAAAUCAAACGGUUUAUUAACUUUGUUAAUAGUCAUAAAAAACCGACAAGUGAACAACAAGAGAAUUUCAAUACAAAAGCAGUACAGUUCUUAGAGGAAUUAAAUAAAUAUGCUGAUACAAUAAAACAAAUUAAACAGGACAAAAAUCCAGAAAAUCAACUACCGAAAUUGGAGUCAAUGAAGAAUCAACUUUUGACAAGAAUAUCUACUUUAACAGAUAAAUUGAACAAAUUAGACAAAAAAUUAGGGACAAUUAAUGUUAGUUUAUUGUCAGGAAAUGAGAAUAUUUCAAAUCAGGAAGCGAAAUCUCAGGAUCCAGAGUCCAAAAUGUCAACUACCAUUAAUAAAAAAAGCACAAAAUUGAAUGUACAAGACGAAGAAGAGGAGGAGGAAGGAGAAAAAGAGGAACAAGUUAAUAAAAAGAAUAAACAUAGAAAAACAAAGAAUGAUUCAAAGUCAAUCAAACUUAAAAUCUCCAAAGAGAGAAAUGUGAAAGAAUCUAAAGAUAAAACUCCUACUCCUACUACUACAGUUAUUGCACAAAUACAUGCUACUGAUAAUCAUGAUGAAAUACACAAUAAUGAUGAUAAUGAUGAUAAGCAUAACUUGGAUCCAGAUAAAAUAUUGAAAAAGGUAAAAUCUUCAAAACGAUUAAAGACAUCCAGUAAAAAAUUGAAAACAUCUGAAGAUGAAAAUGAAAUAUCCACAAAGAAAAAAAAGAAAUCAGGAAAAAAGUUGAAAGAUAAGAAUAAAAAUAAAACUAAUAAAUUAAAUGAUGAUGGUGAUGAUCAUGAUGUUGAUGAUGAUGGUAACGAUGACGGCGACGAUGACGAUAACUUACCUUCAAAUAUAAAAACAACUUUAAAAUUACAAGAUAAUCAAAAACUUACUGAACUACCUGAAAUAGAAACAGACGACAUAAAAGAAAUAGAACUAGAAAAUGAAGCAACAGAAAUCGAAGAUAACAUCAAUCAAGUUCAACCAUUUCAAGCAGAGAAAACAAAUAUGAAAAAAGAGAAAAAAGAAGAGAAAAAUGAAAUAAUAAAACAAAUCUCUUCACAAAAUGUUUUACAAGUUCAUAAUGAGAUUUCAAAAACUUCACCGGUAGAUAUCAUUUCAGAACUGGUAGAAUCAAGAAAAUGUGAAAAUAUUGAUUUGUUUUAUCAAACAAUACGUCAAUGGAUUGGUGAUGAUGAAGAUGAUUUAUCAUUUAUAUCUGGUGAAACUUUGAAAAUUUUAGAAAAAGAUGAUGAUGGUUGGUGGCUUGGUGAAAAUAUUCAAGAUAAACAAGGUUUAGUUCCAAUGAAUUUUUUGAAGAAAAUAGUAAUGGUUGAAUCGGAAUGGGAAAAUUUAAAACUGGAUUAUAUAAAACAAAAAAAUAUUGUGAAUAAUGACAAUAUUCAAGCAGAAGAUAGUCCACAAACAUACAGUGAAGAUGGUGAUGAUGAUGAAGAUGCUGACGAGUUGUUGGAGGAAGAGAAAAAACAGACGAAUGCGGUUAGUUUACAAGAAGUAAAUAAGGAAAACACUGAAGUUAAAUCUAAUGAAAUUAAGAAAACAAAUACUGUUGUGAAUCAGAUCCCUGAUUAUACUGAAGAUAGUGUGGAGUAUAGUGAACAAACAUGGGAAAAUGAUGAGAAAGAAGGUGAAGGCGAUGAAACGAGUGAAAACUUUGAGAUUGAGGAAGAAGAAAGUGAAGAUGAAGACAAUAACGUAGAAGAAAAUAAUGUUGAGAUUAUUGAAGAAGGAAAAGCUGGUAUAACGCAGAGUAGUAAAUUGAUGCAUUCUAGUAAAAGUCUUACGUCGACCCCUUUUGUAGAUACAGAUAAACGGUCCUUCAAAGACGAUCAAGAUUUUGCAGGAUGGUAUAUAAAAAAUAAUGAAAAAGCUCUUGAAGCUUAUCAACCUCUACCAAGCAGUGUUCGUUUAAGCUUUCUUUCAUUACCAGGAUUAGCAUCAUAUAACUAUCAAAAAUUUUUAUCACCAAAACUUGGAAACUCCCACUUAAUUUUUACAGAUAUACUUUUAGACACUGAUAGUAAAAAGAUAACACGACGUCAGCCACGUUGGCAAAAGAUUAUAACAAUUCAAAAAAUUACACAAUUAUCCAUUUUGGAAGAGUCAAAUUUAUCUAUAUUAAACUGUUUAGUACGUUUAUGUUUAUUUGAUGGUAUAAUGCCUAUCAGUAAUAUUUGUUAUCUACCUAUAACACCGACAGAUCGUGAAAAGAAAACAUGGAUAGUUACUCCACAUCCGCUCAAUUAUCACAUUAUGAACAAAAUUCCCUGUGAACCGAUCGUACGUUAGCCUUAAGCAGUGAAGUUGGCGCUGUAACCUUGAAAUCUCUAAAACGCUUCUGAUUGGCUCGUCCAUAAAUUGGAGACUCGCCUUACAUCCUAUUAGUUUCUUGUUGUUGUUUAUUUAAAAUAUUAUUAAACCUUUUAAUUUCGCGAUUUAAAAAAGAUAAAACAUUUACCUUGAUGUUGGGGACGUUAGAUCCCCAGAACUCACUUGGAAAAGGACCUGAUUUUGUCAUUUUAUUUAGAAAAUUUGAAUUUCUUUGUUUUCGCACCAAAAGCGUUCUUUUCACCUUCAUGUCGUACUUCUCACUUGGUAGAAUCUUAAACACUAUUGGUCUGUUGUAUCUUUUAGUAUGGUAUUUUGUAGCGCUUCCUAAGGACGAUUUUGUGCUGUAUAUACACGUUUUGAUUUGUGUCUGUUGUUAUUGUUAGUGCUUUUGGCUUUUUUGCUGAAUAUACUUCCCCGUUUCGACUUUGACUUCUCUCUCUAGUGAACGGGGCUAGUUUAUUGGUGUUUGGUCACAAGUUUUUGUUUCCGUUUGCAGACUAAGUGAAUUCGUAAUCGCUCCAAACGUAGCACUUGAGAAAAAAGUUUUUUGUUUUGUUUUCUUAUUAAUUAUAGAAUAUAAAAAAAUCGGAAAAAUCUUAUGAAUUAUCCUCCGAUUUAUUUAUACGUUAUAAUGAUCAAAAUAUGAAUAUUUGUAUAUUGAUGGAAAUUCAAAUUAUUAUUAGUAAACAGAAUUCUAACCAACCAAUUGAACUAAGUCUUGGUUGGGUCACUAUCCCAUUAUAUGAUGAAAACGGUCAAAUCAUACCAAAUAAAACUUGUGACUACCAAUUGCAGGAUAGUUUACCUUUUGAAAAUGGAAAGGGGAAUAAGACAUCAGUUAAAGAUGUGAGUUUAAAGAGUCGUAUGCAAAAUUUACUUUUUAAUAAAACAACUCAAGUAACAAUUCGAUUUAGUCAACCGAAUAAAGAACAACAAGAUAAAUUAAACUCUUUACCUGACAUUCUAAUUGGUCUAGUUGGUUAUGCACCAUUUCUCAGUUAUCAUCGUGAUUUCUUAGCUAAUAUAUUCCCUGGUUUUGGAAGAACCGAUGAUAAAGAUCAAUUAAUUUUACGUUAUGUUCAACCAGAAGUUGCAUUAUUUCCUAUUGUUGCAGAUUGUCCAUUACUUAUUGAAUGUCUACGUGUUUCGUGGCAAGAUCGUCUGAAAGAAAUUCCAGGCAAUAGUAAGAAAGAUUCUGAAUAUUUGAAGAAAUUAUAUUCAGAUCAUUUUAGAAAAGUAAUUUAUCCUCUUCUAUGGUUACAGGAUAUUGAAUUCCCCUGUAUUAUGAGUUCACAACAGUUUGAGAAUGAAUCCGCGAAAGUACUCAAUCUUACUGAACAAAUUCGGCAAAAUUUUAUGAAAUUCAUUACAUCAAAUCAGUAUACAUUCAAAUUAUUUACAUCGAAAGAAUUCAAUUGUCCUAUACAAUUUACAAAUUAAUAUCAACAUUUAAAUGUAUAUAAUAAAAUACCUUUGGUGAAUAAUUGUAAUUUUAUGUGAUUUUUUAAAAAUGAAUUAUAUUAGUAAUUUAUGUUAGUGUUCCCUUCUUCAUUAAAUGAAUAUUAGAAGUAUUUAGAAAAAACAUCGACUUUACUCAGUCUAUAAGAGCUGAAUAGGUUAUUAUCAGAAUGGAAGUUUAAUGAGAUGAUAGUAAUUUAAUAGUUUAAUUCAUAAGUCGAUUUCAGAUAGAUCACCAUUGAAAAUCUGGAAGAAUUAGAUGGCUGUCUUGUUCUAUUAUGGGACUUCUGAGCAGUGUGCAUCCACGAUCCCGAAAGUUUUAGUUUCGAUAUUAUAAAGUGAUUACGUAAAUAUGCCAAAUUUGAAUUACUAUAUGGUAUUAUUUUAAUCAGUAUGAUUGUAUAGUGUGAAAUAGUGUAAACGUGUGACAACUUGGAAUAGGUAUACACAGCAUUCAGAAUGUGGAUAUUUUAAUCAGUUAUAUUGUUCAGUCUAAAAAACUUUCAUUUAUUAAACUUUGUUUAUCUCAUAAUGAA